AUGAGUAAUUCAUCAACAGAAGUAGCCAUUCAAGAAGGCGCACAAAGUUCUAGUUUUGAUGUUGAAGCAGAUGAUUCUAGCGAUCCCAUAUCCAUACCUUCAAGCCUCAAAGAAAAAAAAGUAUGCAUUAAAACUUCGAAUAUCACUAAUGAAUCGAUACAAUGUGCUGACUCUCUUUCAGAUGAAUAUUCUAACUCUGAUGAAGCAAAUGAUGAGCGGAAUUUUGAUGCAGCUUUAACUUCAUUGCUUGAGGCAAAAGAAACAAUUUCCUCAAACUUGACUGAGGAUAGUUCUCUGCAAAGUAUUAACGAAGUGGUAACUAUGAAAUUUAAGUAUUCUGGUUUAUUAAUCACCAAUAAUGUUCAAGAAAAUACUAGUAAUAUAGUAAAUGAAUUAACAGUGGAAGAUAAAUGUAAUGAAUGUGAUGAAAUGGAGGAUAUUCAAAUGAGCUAG